AAGGCGAGUCCAUGUGCCGUUCCCAUAUUCUAAAUACAACCAAAGCUCAAUUGUUUCAACUUAACCAGACCAAUUGGUUUUUAUAUUCUCACCGUACCAAACAUUUACCAGCAAUUACAAACAAAACCUGGGAUUAAAUAUACGAAAGAACCUUUUCAGGCACCCCUCCUCUUUAUAAAGCACCCGAACUCAUGCAAGUUAAACAUAACUCAGUCACUUCUAGUUCUCCCCUCUUCUUUCUGCUGCAGCAGUUAACUAACAUAAAUAUGGUUUCUCUAGAAGCCUUUCAGGCGACCUCCGCGGCCCUUGAGCCAACCUCAAGCCCCAGAAUUUCUUUCUCUGCUGAUUUUCUUGAUGACAGAAAUUUUAUAUCUAUUAGUCCAAAACCUCCCCCAGAAAAGGAGCGUGAAAAGGCAAAAGAUAUUAAAGAGAAGACGCGUAAUGCAGAAUUUGAGUUUCUCUCAAACAAUUUAACCAGUGAUUCCAUGAUCACUGCUGACGAGUUGUUUUUUGAAGGUAAGUUACUCCCGUUUUGGCAAAUGCAUCACGCUGAAAAGCUUAACAAGUUGAGCCUUAAAACUGAACAACCUGAAGAGGGAAGAGAUGAAGCAGAUGUGAUCAACAAAGAAGAGCCAAGAAUUAGCUGGUUCCUUGAUGAUGAUCCGUCUCCUAGGCCACCUAAGUGCACUGUUUUGUGGAAAGAGCUACUAAGGUUGAAAAAACAACGGGCUUCAUCUUUGUCACCAUCUUCAUCUACUUCCUCUUCUUCCUCCUCCUCUUCGGGUUCUCUUGCUGAUAUGCAUCCAGCAGAUGGAAGCAAAGAAAGUGCAGUAAAUAGACAGAAGCAUGUGAAGAGGAUUAAGAAAGGGUUGGAGAGGACUAGAUCAGCUAGCUUAAGAGUUAGACCUGUUAUUAAUGUGCCAAUUUGCACACAGGGAAAGAACAGUGCACUCCCUCCUCUGUUUUCCAUCAGGAAAGGAAGAUUAGAGAGGUAGAAAACGGGGAAGAGGAAUAGUACUAUUUUGUUGUUGACUUGUAGAAAGAGUGAAAUAUUUUUUUCUGUUCUCAUUUUUGUAUGCUAUCUUGUGUGACGUUUAGACUAAUUUCUCUUCAAGUGCAUCUGUUGAAUUAUAUUCUAGAUGCUGACUUAAUAUCGUGCAAUGCAAUAUGAAUUAGUUCCAUCU